UAUCAGUGAUGCUGUUUUGCUCUGUUCCAGUGUUUCAGAUUUCCGCAAUCAAUAUCGACAAUAUCAGUUAGCAAAACGUAGGCUAGAGGUCAUCAACGAACUCGAUUACCCUGGCGCUGAACGAAUGUAAUAUAUCUCGCAGGGAAUUGCUCAUACGGAAAAAUGUCCCUAUCGGAUGUCACAUCUUCAUUAAAAGGAUUAAUCCGAACACACGGUGGACUGCAAUUGCUUGAAGAUCGAAAUUGUAUUGUUCGAUUGGAUAACAAUCCAACCGAUCAAAAAGUGAAACUAAUCUCCGGAGGCGGAAGUGGCCAUGAACCGGCUCAUGCAGGGUUCGUCGGGAAAGGAAUGUUGACGGGAGCGAUUUGUGGAAACAUCUUCAGCUCUCCAUCUGUUACCGCUAUACUGGACUGCUUGAAAGUGGUCGCUCAUCAGGAUGGAAGUGUUAUCUUCAUCGUGAAGAAUUAUACCGGUGAUCGAUUGAACUUUGGGAUAGCGCUGGAGAGAGCACAAUCUUCGCUAGGGUUCAACAAAGUACGAAUGUUGUUGGUAGGAGAAGACUGUUCUAUCGAUGACCGUAAUGUAAAGAAAUCGGUUGGAAAACGAGGAUUGGCAGGUGUUGUGAUGGUACAUAAAAUAUUAGGUGCUAUGGCAGAAAUGGGAUGCAGCAUUAACGAUGUGUAUAGCUUCGGCGAGGGAUUGCUGAAAAACAAUAUUGCUACAAUUGGCUUUACGUUUCACCAAAAUGAUGAUAUGUUGGAAAAUAUCGAAAUUGGCAAAGGUAUUCAUGGUGAACCUGGUGUUUACACAAUGGAUGCGACUAGAGGAUUUGAAGAUGUUAUUGACAUUUUAAUCAACAAGCUCAUUAGCAACAUACCGAAGGCAGCAGAAGUAGCUUUACUGGUGAACAAUUUAGGUGGAACGUCCGAAUUUCUGAUGGGAGUUUUUAUAAAGGCGUUUUCUUGCAAAAUUGAACAACAUUUCAAUGUCACUAGAAUCUACUGUGGGACAUACUUGUCCUCUUUGGGCCAGCAAGGUAUCUCUGUUACCCUUCUUAACCUUGGAUACUCUACUAAGUUAAUUGAAUACUUGGACUUCGAUGUGACAGUUCCGUGCACACUUUUUGGGAAGUCUUUGAGCGUUAAAUUGCCUAUAUCCGAAUCAAUCAUCAUUGGCCCACCUGAAUUGCAGAAUUCAACAGUAUCGGAAGAAACAUUUGUUGUAAGUGAAAAAUUUGGCGCCAAUCUUAUAUCCACUAUUAUAACUUUUGUUUGUGAAGCUCUUAUUUCAUGCAAAGACAUGUUGAAUGCCAUAGAUAAGGAAUUAGGUGAUGGUGACACUGGAACUACCAUAGCAAAAGGGGCAGGUUCGAUUAUGAAACAGUGGGAAGAUGGUAAACUAGACCUGAGACAUCCUCGGCGGCUGAUGCAACAAAUCAGUGUUAUUCUGCAACAAGAAAUGGGUGGUUCAUCAGGCGCAUUGUAUAGUCUUUUCUUCCAGGGAGCUUCCAAGGCUUUCAUAAACGAUGAGAAGAAUAAUCAAGAUGUGAAUAUUCAUCACUGGAAUCAGGCGUUGAAUUACGGAAAUGAUACCAUUGUCAGAUAUGCUCUCACUCAACUCGGAGACCGCACAAUGCUUGACGCCCUGAGAGAAGGUGAAAAUCGUCUUAAGCUGUCCGUCAGCCAGGAAAUGUCUGUGUUGGAUUGCAUAGAAAAUUUUACUAAGGGAUGUGAGGAAGCUGCACGUGUAACUCAGCUCAUGAUACCUAAAUCAGGUCGUGCAGCAUACUCUGCCAGUUCACAAACGUCAAAAUCCUAUCAAUAUCCUGAUCCGGGAGCACAUGCAGUGUCGAUUUGGGCCAGGGCCUUAUUCGAAGCGUGCAAACAAACAAUUACAGAAUAGGAAUAGAACUCUAUGUUUAUUAUUUGGAUUUUUAUGUACAAUAUUAAAUACAUCUAUUCAUCUCAGAGGCGACGCGUGACCAACUGAGCUACCUGUUCAA